AAAAUGUUUUCCACCAAAAAUAUAUGAUGGCCUAAAGACUACAUUAAAAAUUGCUCCAAUUUUGAAUUAUUGGAAGAUUUCAGGGGUAAGCUCGGUAAUUUGCACUUUGUUUAAUAGGGAAGCUGAACUAGCUUUUUACCGGGAAAACGAAACGAAUUAUAUAACUGAAAAAACUGUUGGUUUCCUAUUUGACCAAAACACCCUUUGCUAUAUUUCAUUAUUUCUGUAUAUUCAGUGCAAUUCCGCUGCUAUUUUUUCAUAACACCAAGGGUAGAUUUUAACCUCCAGUUCAAGAACCCAAGAUUCAUAGUUAGCCUCAGAUUUUAGUUCCACAAUUACUCCCAGUUUUCACAUAGGUUUCAUUUGCUUUCAUCAAAGAAUUUCCAUGGUAGCAGAGAACACAAAGCCAGCUUUUUCAUGACCACAGCAAGAAACAUGAAGAGCUCCUUCAUAACUGAGAACCCAUCACCAUUCUUUCACUACUUGCUUUCACUUUCUCCAUUGGCUUCCCUUGUCAACUCCCCAAAGAAAAGUCCAAGAAACCACAAGCUUUGUACACCCCAAAACCUCUCACUCUACUUUCUUUCUCUCAUACUUUCCUUCACUUUCUUGGGUUUUUCCAUUCUCAGCUUCUUGCUUGUUUCCCAAGCUUCCUCCUCUCCAUGUCAUCUCAGCUCUCCCUCGUCACCAUUUUCAUUUCCUUCUCUGAAGUCUUCUGAGUACUCUCCGAUCAACUUAGUCUCUCUUUUAUCAGCAACUUCGGAUGAUGAGGAUGAGCCAAAACUGUCAAACAGUGUGAUGGUACCGUUACCGGUUCAUGGGGUUGUUAGGAAUAAUGUUUCUGAGGAGGAGAGAGAGUUCUGGGAGCAACCAGAUGGGCUGGGGUACAAACCAUGCUUGGAUUUUAGUAUUGGGUAUAGGAAAGCGUCUCUGAAGAUUUCAAAGGAGAAGAGGAGGUUCUUGGUGGUGGUGGCCUCAGGGGGACUAAACCAGCAGAGAAAUCAGAUUGUUGAUGCUGUUGUUAUUGCAAGAAUUCUUGGGGCUGCAUUGGUUGUGCCAGUCUUGCAGGUUAAUCUGAUAUGGGGCGAUGAAAGUGAGUUUUCGGAUAUAUUUGAUGUAAAACAUUUCAAGAGGACUUUACAAGCUGAUGUACGCGUUGUAUCAUCUCUUCCUUCCACGCAUUUGAUGUCAAGGCAGACCAUUGAAAACAAGAUUCCUUAUGAUGUUUCUCCGCUCUGGAUUCGGAACAGAUUCUUUAGACAACUAAAUGAAGAGGGUGUUCUGGUGUUGAAAGGUUUAGAUUCUAAACUCUCAAAGAAUCUUCCAUAUGAUCUGCAGAAGCUUCGAUGUAAGGUAGCCUUUCAUGCAUUAAGAUAUGCAGCACCAAUUAGGGAGCUUGGAAAUCAGCUUGCAAGGAGAAUGUGGAUUGAAGGCCCUUUCAUUGCCCUCCAUCUCCGACUAGAGAAGGAUGUGUGGGUCAGAACUGGAUGUCUCACUGGUUUGGGCACAGAACAUGAUGACAUCAUCACCAAGGUUCGGGAGUCUCAACCCGAAUACCUGACAGGAAGGUUAAACAUGACCUACACUCAACGACGACUUGCUGGACUAUGCCCCCUAAAUGCAUUAGAAAUGGCAAGGCUCCUAAAGGCUCUAGGAGCACCCGGAAGUGCACGGAUAUAUAUUGCAGGGGGAGAGCCAUUUGGGAGAAACAAGGCUUUGCAGCCACUUAUGGCAGAAUUUCCAAAUGUUGUGACAAAGGAAAAGUUGGCACAAAAUGGAGAACUUUCACAGUACAUUAACAAGUCCUCAGCUCUGGCUGCCAUUGACUACAUUGUCUCCAUGAGCAGUGAUGUCUUUGUACCUUCCCAUGGUGGAAAUAUGGGACGAGCAAUGCAAGGUCAUCGUGCCUAUGUCGGGCAUAGGAAAUAUAUAAAGCCAAACAAGCGAUCCAUGCUUCCUUUUUUCGAUGAUACCUCCAUAUCUGAUGCAGAAUUCAGAAGCAUCAUGAGGAAACUGCACAGCAAAUCUCAGGGGCAGCCUGAGAUGAGAGCUAACAGGAGGGAUAGAGAUGUGAUUGCAUAUCCCAUAACUGAGUGCAUGUGCAAACACAAAACAGGCAUAUUUUGAAGCAUCUUAAUGAGUAAAUUUGUUCCCUUUUCUUUUGGGAAUCUCAAUGAGUAUACUCAUUUGUAAAUCAUUUCAUAUAAAUUUGUAAGAUUUUUGUUCAUCCAUCAAAUCACUACUAGCAUUAUGUUCAGUACUAUAUUGUUUGGACUAAUGCUGAAAGCCCAGGAAACAGCUGCAGCGCCACAUUAACCUCUUUCACUUAUAGGCAAUCGUGUCAAGGUUGGUAUUUCUUCUU